ACUCUGCUCGAGGAAGCAACAAUAAUCUCAGCGAAAGAGAUUGAUCUCUUUUCGCCAUCGACUUCUGCUUCUCUCGCCGCCGGCGGCCAUGGCGAUCGCCGGCGAAACCAAAUCCCUAGCCCCUUCCGCCUCUUCCGCAUCGUCCAACGUCGCGCUGGAUUCCGUGCCCUUCUCCUCCGGGAACCCACUCAUCGAGGAGGCCCGCGGCGUCGUCGUCCUCCACCCCGACCCACCCGCCGCCGCCUCGUCCUCGUCCGUUCUCCCGGUAGGGCGGAAGCCGCGGGUGUGCGUGCCGGCCGUGCCGAACCACCUGACCUACGCCGACUUCUGCCACUUCUGCGCAUUCUUCCUCGAGCACAUGCUCGAGAUGCGCAUCGUCAGGAUUGAUGGGGUGGAGGACCAGUACAGUGUUCUUAUAAAGUUCGACAGCCAGAGUUCCACGGAUGACUUCUACAAGCACUUUAAUGGGAAGCCGUUCACAUCACUGGAGGGUAAUGUUUGUCAUGUUCGUUUUGUGGAAGACGUCCACUAUACACAAUUGAUUGAGCACGCACAUAGCUCAGCUACAAGCUCAGCAGAGCAACCGACCUGCCCAGUGUGUCUUGAACGACUUGACCAAGAUCCUGGAGGCAUUCUGACGACAAUAUGCAACCAUUCUUUCCACUGUUCGUGCAUGUCAAAAUGGACAGACUCUUCGUGCCCAGUUUGCAGGUACUGUCAACAACAACCAGAGAAAUCCACGUGUUCGAUUUGUGGAACAUUAGAAAAUCUUUGGAUCUGUGUAAUCUGUGGCCAUGUUGGAUGUGGAAGGUACAAAGGUGGUCAUGCUAUUGAACACUGGAAAGAAACACAGCAUUGUUAUUCACUUGAAUUAGAAACACAGAAGGUUUGGGAUUAUGCUGGAGACAACUAUGUGCAUCGUCUGAUCCAAUCGAAAACAGACGGGAAUCUGGUUGAGUACAAUCUCUAUGGUGAUCAUUCAGCAAAUGGUAUGUGCUCGACAUGCAGUGGUGAUGCUGGGAUCGGUGAAGCUCUGCUCAACAGUAAAGUGGAAGAUAUUGUUGAAGAGUACAAUGAUCUCGUGACGUCUCAGCUUGAAAAACAAAGAAAUUACUAUGAGUCACUCCUGCUAGAAGUCAAAGAGGAUACCCAGAAACAAAUUGUUGCGGCUACUGAGAAAGCGAUGGGCACAAAAGUACAAAAGUUACAAGCAAAGCUUGAUAAGUGCAUGGAAGAGACAAAGUUUCUUAACGAUAUUCAUGAAAGCCUUGUAGAAAAUAUGGAGAUGUGGAGAGAGAGGAUUCAAAAAGCAAAAGAAAGGGAACAAGCUGCCAUUAGAUUGAAGGAUAAAAAGAUUGCGAAGCUGGAGGAGGAGCUAAGAGGUUUGAUAGCCCAUUUUGAGUGCCAAAAUACUGUGACAGAAGCUUCAAACUCUAUCUCAAGCGAUAUGAAACUGGAGGACAACUCUUCCCAUACAAUCUGAAUCAUCUGCAGGUAGCAGCAGAAGUAGCCCAAUUUGUAGCGAUUUUUUGAUUGGCUGGCUGGGGAUUGGAGAUGAAGCAGUCGAGAAAAAAGAUGG